ACAGCAAGAAAAAAUAAAAAGAAAAUCAUUUAUUACAGAGAGAGAGAGAGAAAAGAAGAGGGGUGGGGGGUUAUUUGAUGCUGAUGGGGUUCUCCUACUUUUCACGCUUUCUCUAUCUAGAAUGGAGUUCCUUCUCUCUCUAGACUUCUAUUGUGGUUCAUAUUAUACGAGAGAGAGAGAGAUAUAUAUACAUAAUAAUAUACAAUGAUUAUUAGGCGAUCUUUUUUAAUUUAAUUUAUUUAUUUUGGAUGUCUCGAAUCUGAAUACACACGCUACGCUAGCCUUUGUUUUUAUUUUUUCAUUUUUCUCCCAAAUAUUGUAAUUAUUUUAAUUCUGGCUCGGAUUUGAAAUGGGGGGUUGCGUUUCCCGGCCGGAGAAUUGCGUCGGAGGUAAGGGUUCUAGGAGGAAGAAGAAUGGCGGUGGAAGAAGACGAAGGAGGGGUUGGAGGAAGAGGGACCCUUCUUCUUUGUCGGAUCGAUCAUCGGAUUUCGUCGAAAAGCUGCCGUCUUUGCCCGGCGAUCGCUCCUUCCAUAAUCCCGCUUUUCACGGUAGUGCCGACGAAGCAUGGUUCGAUUCUGCAGCCGUAUUAGAUUCCGACUGGAGCGACGAAGAUUUCCAAAGUAUUCCCGACGAAUUGCUCUCUCUAGAACAUUCCGAUGACUCGUGCGUUGCGAAUUCUGCGCGGAAUUCGAUAAGCGGAGCAGCUAAAACCGAUGAACCGGUUAUUGGAUUAAAGCCUGUAUUAGUGGAUAAAGUAUCCAGCUCAGCUGGAGAAACUAGUGGCGGUGACGAAGGUUUAUUGGAUAAUUGUGGGAUUAUUCCGAGUAAUUGUUUGCCGUGUUUAGCUUCAACUGUUAAUAAUGUCGAAAAGAGACGAACCUUAAUUUCGAGCCCUACUAGUGCGAGAAAAAAGGCUGCCCUAAAACUUUCGUUUAAGUGGAAAGAAGGUCACCCCACGGCCGCUUUGUUUUCUUCGAAGGAUUUGCUGCAAAGACCAAUAGCGGGUUCGCAAGUACCGUUUUGUCCCUUGGGGAAGAGGGUUCCGGAUAGUUGGUCGGAUGUUGAGCCCGGGACUUUUAGGGUUCGGGGAGUUACUUAUUUGAGGGAUAAAAAGAAGGAGCUUGCUCCGAAUUGUGCUGCGUAUUACCCGUUUGGGCUUGACGUGUUUUUAUCUCAGAGAAAAAUUAAUCACAUUGCUCGAUUUGUGGAGCUUCCGCCGGUUAAUUUAUCUGGGAAAUUGCCGCCUAUUCUCGUGGUAAAUGUUCAGAUACCAUUAUAUCCUGCAGCAAUUUUUCAAGGCGAAACCGACGGAGAAGGAAUAAGUUUCGUUUUGUAUUUUAAACUUUCCGAAAACUUUGCAAGGGAUCUUCCACCUCAUUUUCAAGAAAGUAUUAGAAAGCUAAUUGACGACGAAGUAGAAAAAAUGAAAGGGGGUUUUCGUGCAGAAACGGUCGUACCCUUUAGAGAAAGAUUAAAAAUACUCGGGCGCGUGGCAAAUGUGGAUGACCUUCCUAUGAGUUCUGCAGAGAGGAAACUAAUGCAUGCUUACAAUGAAAAACCCGUUCUUUCUCGCCCUCAACAUCAAUUCUACUCGGGUGAAAAUUAUUUCGAGAUUGAUUUGGAUAUGCAUAGAUUCAGCUACAUUUCAAGAAAGGGAUUUGAGACGUUUCUUGAUCGGUUAAAGUUGUGUAUAUUGGAUUUUGGGUUAACAAUUCAGGGUAACAAAGCGGAAGAGCUGCCGGAGCAGGUUUUGUGUUGUAUACGUUUAAACGAAAUCGAUUAUGUUAAUUACCAACAACUCGGGAUUUCCGAAGAAGAACCUUGAAUCGUAUGUGUGUACUUAAAUAUGUAACAAUUCCAAAUCAAUCCCAAAAUAAAUAAUUUUUUACAUGCAAUCUCUUUCCC